GGAAAAGGGGGAGGGGGGGAGAGGUAUUUAUGACUGUCAUAAACCUACCCCCAAGCCAACGUUAUGACAAAUAUUUUGUGUCGAUCGUUGACCAACAAUUAAAUCCAUUUCAAUCCCACUUUGUAACACAACAAAAUUGUGAAAAAGUCAAGUGUUGUGAAUACUUUGUGUGUAGGACAGUGUGUUAGAUGAGGGAAAUACGCUUUAGAAUCUCAUAUGAUCUGUACUGGAAUGACUGGCAGACACGGGACAGUGUCUGAGAAACAGUGAGUCAGGUGAGGAGACAAACAUAGAAUCCUCCCUGCAUACUCUAUCCUUAACACAGCAGUCUCAGCAUGGACACCCGGUCACUCUGCAGAAUGGUGAAUCUCCUAUUGUGUUUCAUGGAAGCCCUGGGCGAUGCUUCGAACGAUGACGGCUGGUCUAUGAAGGUUCAGGCGGAGGUGCGUGCCAUGGAGGGCUACCCAGUGGUGCUGCCUUGCUCCUUCACCCACCCCCACCACACGCUGCACUCCUCCCUGCAGGUGGUGUGGCGGAUGGGCCACGGCCAGGGCUCUACGGUGCUCUACCACUGCUCCUCUCCCACUGGGGCCAGGACCUGCCAGCCAGGCCCUCAGCAGGACCAGCGUUAUCGCCUGGAAGGGAAUCCCCGAGAGCACGACCUCUCCUUGCGCAUCAACAGCGCCGCCCUGCAGGACAACGGACGCUACUACUGCCGUGUGGAGGUCCCCGGACACGCACAUGCCAGCUACGAGGAUAAGAUGGGCACACGGCUUAGAGUGGAGGCUGCCCCACGAAUCCUGGGCCUGUCAGUGGAGGGCAGUGAGGAAGCUGGCUACAGGGCUCAGUGUCGUGUCCAGGGCUCUCCCCUACCUGACAUCCAGUGGCUGGGGCCUGACCAGCUCAUGGAAGGCUCCGACAUCUCUCCCCUCUCCCAGGAGUCCCUCGAGCAACAUCACACCACCAGUCAGCUCCGGGAUGUCCUCCCUGGGCAGCAGUACACAUGUAGUGCCUCCAACCCCCUGGGGAAGGACCAGGCCACCCUGUACAUGCUGCCCCCCAGGCAGGUGCAGGUCUCUGGGGAGGCCCCUCCGCUGCUGCUCCUGCUCUCCCUCUCCCUGGGGUUCAAGGUGCUCCUGCUGCUGGGGAUGGUAGUCUGGCUGCCGCAGGGAGGAGGCCCAGCAUGGCUCAGAUGCUGGUUCAAAUGAUACACUGUUUGCAUACGCAUACACACUAAUCCAAAUGUUUUAACUUCUCAUACAU